ACUACAUGCGGUGAUCGGGUCAGAUGCGAUGUGAAUGGAAGUCGCUGCGAACUGCCUUGUGUGUGUGCUUCGUAUUGAAGCUUAGACCGCCUCGAAAAGAAACACGUAACCUCUGAGAUGGUGGAGUGGGGCUUGGGGUGUUGAUGUGUUGAUGAGUCGGAUCGCAGGCAAACGUUAGAGGGGAAUCCGUACGACAAAGCCUGGGACCGGAUGACUUCGAAGUCGCCCGUAGGUCUGGAUACACUUAUAUAUUUGUUUGACUCGCAGAUAGAUGAAGCGGGAUAUCACCCUCAAGCCGAGUCCCCAAUGCUGACUGAUUCACAGACCGUCGAUCUUUGGAGCUCGACCAGAUGGUUUUGAACCUUCGAUGUGGAAGUCCAGCUGCGAAGAUUGGUAAGCAUGCAUGUACAAUAGAGUACAUGUUCAGUCAGACAAGUGGUCUUUCGUUCGACUCGCGAUCAUUCUUGGAAGCACAACUUCAGUCAUAUUGUGCGAUGACCGACUGUCAACGAGCCUUCAGGUACUUGUACUGUAUGUACAAGUACCUAACCCAGUUACGAUCUGCCAUCCAUUUCCGUUGGAUGUCAGCCACGCUAAGCAGGGAUCCCAUCAUAGUGUAUCCGUGCAGUCUCGUCACCUGCCCAUCGAUUGUGCCUUGUGGAUGCAGGUCGACAGGUCCGGCCCUGUGGCCACACAGCGAUGGCUCAGGGCCAGGUACCAAACUUGAUCAACAAAUGCGUUGUUGUCAGACGACAGAGGAAGAGGCUGAUAGCGUUGCCUUGAGAAAGAGUUCUGAACGAAAUUGUCAGCAGCUAAGUAUACUAGGUACGUACCCCUUACCCCACCAUCGCAUUCUGUUAAGUGGGCCCAAAAACACAUGAUGACGCAAUGCGAUGGCUGGUUUCGAUGAAGUCCGGCCUGCCACAAAGGACCGGAACUCUCUGCCAGACUGCCACC